GGAAGCGCAGUGAGAUGACGCAGGAGAAACGUCAGCAGCGAGUAGCAGCAGCACAACACUCCCUCAGCUGCCCAGCUAAGCUUCCCAGGGUCCGGGGCCCGGAAUCUGCCAAUGAUGCUGCCACUUGGUUUAUUGCGAUGAAAGCGCUGCAGGAAUAACCGAUCUACGGGCCGCAGUUGCUGCAGCGCUUCUGUGCACCUUGUGGCGUUGGGGGCCUGCGUAUGACCGGAUGAUAGAUCCGCUGAUGCUUACAGAUAUCUGAAGACUUUUCAUAAUGGCCACUUGCACAAGAAAACAGGGAUGCCAAGCGAAGCCUAAAUUAUCAAUGAAAAAGGAAAAUAUAAGCGAUGCCUUUUUGAUGUCACUGAAGUCACUAUUGGAAAGCAAGAAAGAACUGUGCAGAAUUGCAGAGGGUUUCAAAGGUGUCAAGAAAGAAAAUGUAAUGGAGCUUACAUUUCUUGGACUUUCUGAGGAGUCAGAGCCUCUUCAGGAUGUUGAAGCUUUACACCUGGAUCUGCCAGAACUGAUCAGAUCACUUCAUCUCUGCAGUUUAAAUGACUGCGAAGUUAUCCUGCUAAAGCAUGGCAAAGAAGGUACAACAUCUUGUGCAACCCAGGGUUGUUUUUCUGGAGCACUGUGUGUCAUGUCAUCUCCCACCUUUACAUAUUUAAAAAGUGAUUCCCUAUUUAAUCUGAUGAGCAAAUAUACAACUGGAAUAAGGUACACAAUGGAUCAUCAGUUCUUGAGUGACACACUCAGAAAAGCUUCGCACAGUGAGGAAGAUGAUACAAAUCAAUCUGUUUCUUCAAUUGAGGAUGAUUUUGUAACCGCUUUUGAGCAUUUGGAUGAAGAGGAUUUAACUACAAGUGGAAACCAAGAAAGAGAACAUGAAACAAUGAGAAGUCAACGUGAUGCUGCAUCCCAAACACAGCCAACUCACUGUGUAGAUGUCAGAGGUUCAAAAAUUAUAUUUAGCUCCUUGCGCAGAAGAUCAUCCUUAAAAUCGGCAACUUUAAUGGGCCUCAUGGGUUUUCCAGAUUUAUCAGCAUCUGUUAAAAAUACAGUCACGUCAUCAGUUUGUGAUUCCUGGAAGCAAAUGAGCUUCUCUGUCCAGGACAAAACAGUGUUCACACCCCCUUCUGCUGAAUCAUCAGAAUCGGAGUGUUCAAGCCCCAGUCCUAUUAUAUUCUUAGAUGAGGAAGGAUAUCAGAAAAGUUUGAGAGCUAAACUUAAUUUGCCAAAGAUCCCUGUUGUGAAAGAUGAUGUAGAAGACUCUGACUCAGAGCUCAGUGAGUUUUUUGAUAGUUUUGAUCAAUUUGAUGAAACAGAGGCAUCUCUAGAAAGAAAUGAAAAACCUGCACAAAAAAAUGUUCUGGCCAGUCCACCUAAAAAAAGAAAAUGCAUUGCUAUGAAUCCUCAGAAAUUUAAGUCUGAUCGCAUUAUCUUAUCAGCAAAUGUUAAAAAACCAACUCCAAGAAAACCAGAAUCUCCAUAUAAUAACAUAUGUGAGGUGACAGAUUCCCACCGUCCUGUGAAAGCAGCUGUGGAAGAUACUGGCACUCUAUUUAGUCCUAUCAGAUCCUCUGCUUUUAGCCCCCUCAGUAUUUCCACGCCUGCUGAGUGCUUAUAUACCCUGGAAUGCAAUGGGCGUGCUUCAGAGAAAGAGAGGGUAUACAGUACGUACAGUAAUUAUGCAAACUGUGUAUGCUUUCAGAUGUUUGAUUCAGUGCUAAAUACUAAACCCCCUAUUAGCAAUGACUUAUCAAAAAAAGCAGUGGAAAAAAGCAUGAAACUUAAACGCAAAUCCUAUAACAAAGAAUCGGAGCGGAAACUGAAGUCAAAGCAAAAAAUUGUCAAGAGCGGCAUUCAGAAAUUUGCUUCGGAAUUAGUUGAAAAAAGCUUUGGAAGUGCAUUUAAAGAUUUGCAAAGGGGUGUUUCGUCUUGCACCAGUGCCCUCUGCCAGUUGGCUGCCAGGUUAACGUCAUAUGUGUUUCAAAUGGCUUUCUAUGAAAUCAGAAGGAUGCAAGCAUUUUCAAUUAAAAAACGAGCCAUUAAUAGCUUAGCGAACUUAAUGGUCAGUGAGGUUAUUACAAGUGCGUUACAAGAGCUUCAUUAUAUAAAAAAACAAAUGGUUACCAAUGCCGUUACGAGGUUCGCUGCUGAUCUCGCUGAGGAGCUUGUUUUUGAGGGAAUUAUGGAAGUGUGCCAGUUUUCCCAUCCACCAACUCCUGUUGCUGCACCCUGGCAGACUUUUGAUUAUGAUGAUGUCAUUGUAAGUUCCUAUGCAAAAGAUCUGUCAGAAUCUGUGAUUCAGGAGGCUUUUAUUGAAUUAUCCCAGGUUAAUGUCACCUUCACCACUCAAGCAGCUAUUAGUGUUUCCAUGGACAAUCUGAAGUAUGUAAGUUCAGAAAGUAUGAUGCAGUCGACUCAGACAUCUGUAGCAUUCCCUAAUAUGCCCAGCAGGAUCCAAUCACCACUGGUAGCAGAGAAUGACAAAGAAACUGAUUACACAGUACAUCAUGCAUUACUUUUUACAUCUGGACUUAUAAGUUCAGUCCCAGUUCCUGUUGCCGCUAAAGCACUAACUUUCUAUAAAACCUCAAAUGAGGCUUUGGGAAGGGAUGAUUGUGCAGAUGUGUCAGUCCGUCAUGAUAUGAAUAGCAGUACUGUAGAUUGUUACAGUCUUUCCACAAAAUAUAGGCAUGAAAUACCCACCACAAAAACAACACUGCCUGUUUUUUCUAAUUGCCAACAAGAGAAACAAAACUUACAGUUUAAGAAGCUAAAUGAAGAUAAUGAGGAUAUGAAGGCUUUUUCUGUGCCAAUGGUUGAUAUGAUGAUAAAUGAAGCAUAUGAUGUAAUAUCUGCUUCUAAAGAAACACAAUUUUUAGCCAAGAAAGUUGUUCCAUCACAGCAUAUAUUUGUAGAUAAAGAGCAAUCAAAACUGAAUUUUGCAGAUGGCUUGGCAAAGUGUAUAUUACAACAUUCAGUCGGUGAAAGUAGCUGUACAACUUCAAACAGGGGUAUGCAUCCAAAACUAACAUCUGACUUUGUAGGUGCUUCAGCAGAUAAAGACAGGCGUGUUGCUGAUGACUCCGAAAUAUGCACAAAUCUCCGAAAAACUGAGGAGCAGCAACUUUUAUUUACAAAGUGUUGCCUUCCCUCAAAUUUUGCAUCUCAGAAUACUGGUUUCUCUGUAAAAUCUUCCCAAGAAUACAGAGGUGAGUAUGGAGGUGCAUUUUCUAAAAGUACAAGUGAGGGGAGUUCGGAUGUUUCAUUUAACAAACUAACCUCUGAAGGUAUCACUUUAAAAAGGAAUAUGCAAAGUAAAGAUACUUCAUACUCAUCCAUUUUUGGACUUCAGACAUGCCUUUCUCAUAUCAAUAAUUUCUCCUCAGUCAUGUGUAGUUGUGGUGAUGAUCUUAGCGAAGACAAAAUGAGUCAGCGGGAUUCCAGUAUCACAACAGUACCUAAUACACCGCCCCCAACUCCUUUAGCUUCCUAUGAAUUAAGCCCAGAGAGGAGCAUGAAAAAGCUUAGUAAGAAACUUAAAGGGCAACUGGCAAAAGAGUUUUAUCCAGCUACUCCACCAUCUACACCCCAUUUAAUCGCCUCUGAACAUGACAGCAUAAAGAAAGAUGAUUUUCUUCUAAAAGUAAUGCGGUCACUAUCAGAAGAAGUUGAAACUUCUAGUGGUGAUGGCAGUUCUGAAGAUGAAGAUAUUGAGGUUUCUGAAGAAACAUCUCAGUAUGCUGACUAUUUGUCAACUAACAUCUUAUCUGUAGCCACUGAAAUGGCUGCAGAUGCUUUAGAUGAUAAAUCCGUCCGUAGAUCUUCUGCAAAAAAUAAGCCACUUUUACAUGUCUUGAGUGAUAAAUGGGGAUACCCUGCAUACAUGAGAAAUAUUUCUGAGGAAACCUUGGAGACACUUAGCAAAUAUGCAGGUGUUAUUGCUGGAGAAGUCCUUCAUGAUGCAAAGAAAGUUGUGGGCAAGAAACAGAGUACAAAGGUGAAAUCAGUUUGUGAUUCUGAUUGCAGUCAUUGUAGGAAACACUCUAGAGACUGCAGGCCAAAAGAAAAAGAGUGUAUUUGCACAAGUAUGAAUUUUAAAGAAUCUGAUCCUUCUACUCUUUCUCUCCCUUAUAACAAUAUUGCUGCCGGUCUGACCUCGAAAUACCCAAGCUGCGAAAGUGUGACUGAGGAGUAUGCCGAUCAUAUUAUACGUGUUCUAAAAAUGGAAGGAGGGAACAACGAGUUAAUCAUUGAUCAGUAUGCCAGCAGAUUAGUUUAUAGAGCUGUAAAGUCUGGCUUACAACAAGCUUCUAAAACAAUUAAACUGAAAUGCAAUAAGAAGCCAGCACCCAGAAGGAACUCAGAAGCUAACAGCAUGCAGGAAAUUCUCAGGCUUUUAAGCAUGACACAGCACCAAGAGCGGGAAAAGCAAAGAAGGAGGAGCAUUUCAAACCAUUCCUUUGGUGAGGAAUCUUCUGGACACGGGAAAGAUUCCCGUAGACCAGAGUUCACAGGCCUGCUACGUUUUGCUGAAACUCUUGCUAAUACAAUAACUUGUGAUGUAAGGACAAAGCUAAAAAUAUCAGCCGUUUCUCUUCCUAAAUCACUGACUGAUUCAUGUCUGUAUACAAAAUCAAAAAUUGAUGAGACAACUAGUGACCUUGUCAAAAGAAAUGUUUCCAAGAGUCUUCUUCCAUAUUCACAGACAAAUAAACUGUAUCAUAGCACUGGCAGCCUAAAUGAUGAAGGUCUUAAAGAAGGUGUCAUUCAAGCUAUUGAGCAAUAUGCAUGUAAAGUCGUUGAUAGUACCAUAGGAUUUACCUUGGAAACGGCAAGACUUCAAGCUUUAGAAAACAGGAAAAACAACGAUAAAGUGUCACAUAAUGGGAAGCUGAUGCAUUCAUAUGGACCUGUUUGUAGGGUUUGCAGUGCAAAGGAACAAGGACACACUCAGUCGUCUUGUCAUUUUCUCUUGGGACCUGAUGUCUCUAGAAGAAUGAAACAAUGUUCAAGGUCUAAACAUAACACUGGUCAAAAAUCAAGACUUUUUCAUCAUAAUAUACCUAAAAUUCAUAUUGAUUUCGAUAAGAGGGCAAUGUUUGCAGAAAAAAUUGUUAGUGCUGCUAUAGGAAAAGCAGAGCGGGAGCUGAGUAACACAAGUUUGGCUGCCGAUAGUGGUAUUGGGCCAGAAGGGAUCAGCUUUGCAGAUAGUCUCACCACAGAAAUAAUGAUGUGUGCUAUGAAGAACAUUGGACAUGUUAACCAAAGUUCUGAUGGCAAAGAUGGAUUCCAGUCAGCAGAAUCUGUUACUAGCCAGCAGACAAGUGUCAGUGUUGGGGAUGACAGUACCGGCAGCUGGUCCAAUCUGAGUUUUGAAGAUGAACAUCAAGAUGAAAGCAGCAGUUUCCUUCACCUCAGUGACAGUAAUGGUAACAGCAGUAGCUGGAGCAGUCUUGGCUUGGAAGGAGACAUGUAUGAAGAAAAUCUUUCCUUUCCACCAUCAGACAGUGAUGGUGCAGAAGACAGAGAUGAAAAUCGUGAAGCAGCUGCAGGAGCACCAGGACAUCUCUGCAAGACUUUACUGAUUAGAAAUGUUGAUAUGGGGCCUUAUGUAAUUGAGUCACAGCUAAAGGCAACAUUACAAUGGAUUGCUGCUUCAGAGGCUGGCGUCUCUGAGCUCUACUUUGUGGAAGCUGACAAAAAAGAGCUUUUGGCUGUUUCCAGAAGACUGGCAGAAAAAGCCUGGACUGUUGGUGAUCUUUUGCAAGCUGUUGUUCAUUAUUGUGAAAUUGCUGAAAAGCUACCCAGUUUUCAUAAACCUUUGUUUGGGUGGCUUUUGGAUCAUUCAUAAAAAGGCACUUUAUAUAAUUUUAUAACCAGAAGUCAUAAGAAAUGUGAAGUUACAAAUCUGCUAAUGGCUCUAUAACUUGCAGUAUUUAAAUAAGCAAUGAAUAUACUGUAGCUUGCAUUGUGGAAUAUUGUGUCAGUAUAUUUAUUUUGAAUACAUAUCUGUGUGGUGAGUACCAAGAUAAUGCAAGUAAAUGUGUGUUCUUGGUAUUAACCAAAAAUAUAAAUUAGCACUUUUAUCCGCUAUGUGAGUUUUCUAUGAAGCAUAUCACUAUCGAGAAAUAGAUGACUUUGUAGGUAAGUUUACAUACAUUCAGCAACAUUUUUGCAAUGUCUCCCACAUUCAUUUGUUCCAACAGGUUGCAAUAUUCCUUUCAUGCAUAUGUUUUAUGACUAUGCUUCAUGUUAUUCGAUUUGCAUAUCUAACUGUAGUUUUAAUUUGGGGAAAAAGUGUUGUUGUUUGUGAAAGUGUCCCUACAUGUUACAAGAAAUAACAAUGAAUCAUAGUUAUUGCAAAUGAUUUCUAAACCCUUGUUUGUCCUACUUACUGUACUUUGCACCAAACAUGUCUGUAAAAUAUCGAUAUUGUAUGAAAUUAGUGACCUAUAUUUGCUAUAUAUUUUGAUUGUACGUUUACAAAAAUGUACAUAUUAAUAAAAAUUACUGUAAAUAUGAAACCUAAA